AUGUCGCAUGAUCAUGUUCUUUUAGACUUGUUAGCUAUCAAAGAAAGAUAUGAUCUCUUCAAUACCACUUUUCCCUCUGAAGCUCUCAACAAACUUCCAGUGUUCGAUUCCAAACUAACUCCAAAGGAAAAUUUAUUGAACGUAUCCCAUUUUGCAUUGAAUGAACCAAAUACGUCCGGUGUUUUGUUUAUCUAUAAAUCCAUAUUCUUGGAAAUAAUUUCCAACUGGACUACUGUAUUAUACAAGACUGAUCGUAUCCAAGUUUUCGACUCAGUCUCCAAAAUCAUCACCAUAUAUCCUCUUGCAACAUCAUUAAUCGAGGAAUUCUUAGACAGAGAAAAUGACUAUUUCCUAUCUGUAUUACAAAAUCCUUCCACACAAGGUGAAUCAAAUCUACAAAAAGUUUUAUUGUCAUAUUAUAGAUUAUUAUUCGAAAACAAAGAAGCUUUCGUCAAAUAUGUGAAACCUGAUAUUUUAUAUUCACUUAUUUCUGAAAUCCAAGCGCAAAGCACCUUCUCAACGGAAAUUGUGAAAUUCUUGGCUAUCAAAAUUUUAUCCAUUUACUUAGACAUGGGUGAAAAGGCAUUACUCAAUAUGAUCAAGACUCAUAUCUCCUCUGAUGAAAACUUGAUCGGUUCAUAUGAAACAAGUUCAAACAUCAACUAUAAAUUCCUAGAAAUAAAUGAAGCAAAAAGAUUCUCCAAUUUCUCAAAACUUCCAGAAUCUCCUGAAUGUUUCAUCGACUCUGCCACUGAAAACGCUAACAUUCAAAAUAAAUACUAUACAAUCAAACCACAGGAUCUUAAUCCAAACAUCGUAUCCAUCUGUGGUGUAUUAGUCUCUAAGAUCAACUCAUUCAAAGACGCAAACGUAUACCCUGAAAGCUUUGUCCCAACCCUGAAGACAAUAACAGCAUUACGUAAAUUGGCAAAGCAAUUACAAUACAAUGAACCUGUCAUGUUAGUGGGCCAGGCUGGUGCCGGUAAGACAUUCUUAAUCAACGAAGCAAGUAAAUAUAUUCAAUGCCAUGAUUCCAUCGUGAAAAUCCAUCUCGGUGAACAAACCGACGCAAAAUUGUUGAUUGGUACUUACACUUCCGGUGAAAAGCCAGGUACCUUUGAAUGGAGGUCCGGUGUAUUGACUACCGCUGUUAAGGAAGGUAGAUGGGUACUUAUAGAAGAUAUCGAUAAGGCUCCUACUGAAGUUUUAUCUAUAUUAUUAUCAUUGUUAGAGAAACGUGAAUUAACUAUACCCUCCAGAGGUGAAACUGUUAAAGCUGCAAAUGGGUUCCAACUUAUAUCGACUGUUAGAGUCGAUGAAAAUAAUAUUAAGAAGAAUAUCCGUCAUGAACAUAAUCAAGAAAGUAAUGAAGAGGAUGCCAUUGAACAAGAUCCUGAACUGAAUUUAAAUUUGAUUGGUAUGAGAAUUUGGAAUACUAUUUAUCUACAUGAACCAAGUGAAACUGAUUUACAUUCAAUACUAUGUCAAAAAUACCCAGUGUUAGCUCGCUUGAUUCCCAAAUUAAUUCAUUCCUACAAAGCAGUCAAGAAAAUCUACCAUAGUCCAAAAUUCAUAUCGUUGAAUAGAGGUGCUCAUGCGAGAGUCAUUUCCGUAAGAGAUCUUAUGAAAUUAUGUAAUAGAUUAGGCGCUCUUUUUGAAAAUAAUAACAUUACCAAACCAGAUCAAUUGAUUGAAUUAUCAAUAUACGACAGUAUUUUCGCAGAAGCGUCCGAUUGUUUUGCUGGUGCAAUAAGUGAAUACAAAGCAUUAGAACCAUUGAUUCAUUGUAUAGGUGAAACCUUAGAAAUCACACCAUCUAGAAUAUCAUUAUUUCUAUCUAAGCAUGUUCCAACUUUCGAAAACUUAGAUGAUAGCAUAAAAAUUGGCAGAUCAAUCUUACCUAAAUCCAGACUUUCUAUCCAAAAAAAAUCAGCCAAUUCAACUGCAUUCGCAAUAACCAAUCAUUCAUUAAGAUUAAUGGAACAAAUUGCUGUCACGAUUCAAAUGACAGAACCAGUUCUUCUAGUAGGUGAAACAGGUACCGGUAAGACUACUGUUGUUCAACAAAUGGCUAAAUUCAUGAAUAAGACAUUGACUGUUAUUAAUGUUUCUCAACAAACGGAAACUGGUGAUCUAUUAGGUGGGUAUAAACCCGUCAAUUCUAAAACUAUUGCUGUUCCUAUUCAAGAAUUGUUCGAAACUCUUUUCAUUGCAACUUUUUCAUUAAAGAAAAAUGAACGUUUUUCAAAAAUGCUGCACAAAUGUUUCAACAAAGGACAAUGGAAAAAUGUUGUAAGGUUAUGGCAAGAAGCAUAUAAAAUGGCUCAAAAUAUAUUGAAAACUGACGAAGAUGAAACUGAAGACACUACCGAAAAGAAGAAACAAAAGAAGAGGAAAUUAGACUCACAUGAAAAGAAACUGCUACUUGAGAAAUGGGUUGAAUUUUACGCUAUGAUAGGUAAAUUUGAGUUACAAUCCAGUUCUAUUGAGAAUGCAUUCGUUUUUAAUUUCGUUGAAGGUUCCUUGGUGAAAGCAGUACGGAACGGUGAAUGGUUAUUAUUAGAUGAAGUGAAUUUGGCAUCCGCUGAUACACUUGAAAGUAUAUCGGAUCUUCUCUCAGAAAGUUCAAGUAGAAGUAUUCUUCUUUCAGAAAAAGGUGAUGCAGAACCAAUCAGGGCUCAUCCAGAUUUCAGGAUCUUUGCAUGUAUGAAUCCAGCUACUGACGUUGGUAAAAGAGAUCUACCGUCUGGUAUAAGAUCAAGAUUCACAGAAAUUUACGUUCAUUCUCCAGAUCGUGAUAUAACAGAUUUAUUAUCCAUUAUUGAUAAAUACAUUGGUAAAUAUAACGUUAGUGAUGAAUGGGUAGGUAAUGAUAUCGCCGAAUUAUAUCUAGAGGCGAAAAAACUAGCUGAUAGCAACCAAAUAGUUGAUGGUUCCAAUCAAAAACCUCAUUUCAGUAUUCGUACUUUAACUCGUACACUGCUAUAUGUGGGUGAUAUUGUUCAUAUUUACGGUUUACGCCGGUCUCUCUACGAUGGUUUCUGUAUGAGUUUCUUAACGUUACUAGAUCAAAAAUCAGAAUCUCUUUUGGAACCAAUUAUCAUGAAAUAUACCUUAGGAAGAUUGAAGAAUGUGAAGUCCGUCAUGGGCCAAAUAAUACCAUCUCCAGGCCCAGACUAUGUUCAAUUCAAUCAUUAUUGGAUGAAGAAGGGCCAGGAUGAAAUCAAAGAACAAGCACACUAUAUCAUCACACCAUUUGUGAAGAAGAACAUGAUGAAUUUAGUUAGAGCGUCAUCAGGUAGGAGAUUUCCAGUCUUAGUUCAAGGUCCAACAUCUGCAGGUAAGACCAGUAUGAUCAAAUAUCUUGCUGAUAUAACGGGACACAAAUUUGUUCGUAUUAAUAAUCACGAGCAUACUGACUUACAAGAAUAUCUUGGUACUUACAUAACUGACGAAACCGGUAAGUUAUCUUUUAGAGAAGGUAUACUAGUGGAAGCUCUUCGAAAGGGUUAUUGGAUUGUUCUUGAUGAAUUGAAUCUUGCACCAACAGAUGUGUUAGAAGCUCUUAAUAGAUUAUUAGAUGACAAUAGAGAAUUGUUUAUUCCUGAAACUCAGGAAGUUGUCCAUCCUCAUCCAGAUUUCAUGCUUUUCGCUACUCAAAAUCCACCUGGGUUAUACGGUGGUCGUAAAGUUUUAUCAAGGGCUUUCAGAAAUCGUUUUCUAGAAUUACAUUUUGAUGACAUUCCCCAAGAUGAAUUAGAAACGAUUCUACGUGAGCGUUGUCAAAUUGCCCCAACAUAUGCCAAAAAGAUUGUUGAAGUAUAUCGUCAAUUGUCCAUUGAAAGAUCAGCCUCCAGAUUAUUUGAACAGAAGAACAGUUUUGCCACGUUACGUGAUUUAUUCCGUUGGGCUCUAAGAGAAGCAGUUGGUUACGAGGAAUUGGCUGCCAACGGUUAUAUGUUACUAGCUGAAAGAUGCCGUAAUCCACAGGAAAAAGUUGUCAUCAAGAAUAUACUAGAAAAAGUAAUGAAAGUGAAACUUGAUAUGCAGCAAUAUUAUACAAACUUAGAAAAUAAAUCCUUGCAGUUACAGGACUCCGUUGUUUGGACAAAUGGUUUACGUCGUUUAUCUGUACUAGUGUCAAAAUGUUUACAAAAUAAUGAACCUGUCCUUUUAGUUGGUGAAACUGGCUGUGGUAAAACUACAAUAUGUCAAAUUCUAUCUGCCUUCAUGAAGAAAGAUUUGAUAACUUUGAAUGCUCACCAAAAUACUGAAACUGGUGAUAUUCUUGGUGCUCAAAGACCCAUCCGUAACCGAUCGGAACUACAGAACCAAUUGGCUAAUACAAUAAUCAAAGCCUUGGAUAUGCCAUCGACUAACCAAUGCUAUGAUUUGGAAACUUUAUUGAAACUUUAUAAGGAAACAAAUAAAGAAAACGUUAGCGAUGAAGACCAUUUAAAGAUCAAGAAGUUACAAGAUAAUCUAAAUAUAUUAUUUGAAUGGUCUGACGGUCCCUUAAUUACGGCCCUAAAAACUGGUAAUUUCUUCCUUUUAGAUGAAAUAUCUCUUGCUGAUGAUUCAGUGCUGGAAAGGUUAAAUAGUGUUUUGGAACCUGAAAGAAACCUACUUUUAGCCGAAAAGGGUACAUCAGACAGUCUUAUCGUUGCUAAAGAUGGGUUUCAAUUUCUUUCAACAAUGAACCCAGGUGGUGACUAUGGUAAAAAAGAAUUAUCACCUGCUUUAAGAAACCGUUUUACAGAAAUUUGGGUCCCGUCAAUGGAGAAUUUUGAGGAUGUUCAUAUGAUUGUUGAAUCCAGACUGCUUGAAAGUGUAAAACAAUUAACAAAUCCCGUUGUUAAAUUUUCGAAAUGGUUUGGCGAAGAAUUUGGUGGCGGAAAUACAACCAAUGGAAUAAUAUCGCUAAGAGAUAUACUAGCAUGGGUCCAAUUCAUUAACAGUACUUCCGAAAAAAUGGGUGACGCAAAUGCGGCAUUUGCCCAUGGUGCCUCUAUGGUUUUUAUCGAUGCGCUUGGUACCAAUAAUACAGCAUACCUUGCGGAAGAUGAAGCGUCUUUGAAUAGCUUGAAAAAGCAAUGCCUUGCCAAACUAUCAACAUUUAUUGAUUCUGAUGUAUCUAAAUAUUUUGGAAAGGACAUCGAUAUCGAAAUUUCAAUGAAACAAUUACGUAUAGGCCUAUUCUCGCUAAAUAGAGGCGAAUGUGCUGUUGAUUCUCCAUCUUUCAACUUGAAUGCACCAACUACAGCUACAAAUCUUAUGAGAGUUGUAAGAGCCAUGCAAGUCCAUAAACCUAUUUUACUAGAAGGUAGUCCGGGGGUUGGUAAGACAAGUCUAAUUACAGCGUUAGCAGAUCUUACAGGUAACAAUUUGACCCGUAUUAAUUUAUCCGAACAAACUGACCUGGUGGAUCUUUUUGGUUCCGAUGCACCCGGUGAAAAAAGUGGUGAAUUUGUCUGGAAAGAUGCUCCAUUCUUGAGGGCUAUGCAACAAGGUAGCUGGAUAUUAUUAGACGAAAUGAAUUUGGCCUCUCAAUCAGUACUAGAAGGGUUAAAUGCAUGUUUAGAUCAUCGUGGAGAAGCAUAUAUCCCUGAAUUAGAUCGAAGCUUCUCGUGCCAUCCAAACUUCCUUGUCUUUGCAGCUCAAAAUCCGCAAUAUCAAGGUGGUGGAAGAAAGGGUCUUCCGAAAUCAUUCGUGAACCGUUUCAGUGUUGUAUAUGUUGAUAUGUUAACAUCAGAUGAUCUGCUUCUCAUUGCUCAUCAUUUAUACCCCAAUAUUGACCCUGAAGUUUGUUCCAAGCUUAUAACCUUAAUGUCAACUUUAGAACGUCAAGUUGUUAAAAAGAAACAAUGGGGUUCAGUAGGUGCUCCAUGGGAGUUUAAUUUAAGAGAUACAUUAAGGUGGCUCAAGCUUCUUGACAAACAGUCCAUUUGCGAAGAAACUGAUGUUGUAGAUUUUGUUAAUAUCAUUAUCAAGCAGAGAUUUCGUAGUAUAUCAGACAAAGAACAUGCUGACCACCUAAUCAAGGAUAUAUUUGGCGAUUUUACGACAAAGGACAAAUUUUUCAAGCAAGAUGCGGAUUACAUUCAAGUCAAUAAUGUCAUAGCACCAAGAAACGGUCUGUAUCGCUAUCCUCUAUCUGAAAACCUAAUUCCUUUGGAAUGUAAUAUUGAAAUAUAUGAAUCAGCUUUAAUGUGUAUCAACAAUAACUGGCCCCUUAUUUUAGUAGGUCCUAGUAAUUCUGGUAAAUCUGCCAUAAUAAGAACCCUGGCUAAUAUACUCGGUACUGAAGUAGGCUUUUUUUCGAUGAAUAGUGAUGUGGAUAGUAUGGAUAUUUUAGGUGGUUACGAACAGGUAGAUAUUACGAGAAAGAUAUCAUAUAUUGUUAAUGAUCUGAAAGACAUUUUAAGAAGCUUGUUAUCAAUUAAUAUGGGGAUUUACGGCCAAGAAACAGCAGCUGUAAGCGCCGGUUUAGACUUAUUCUAUUUCUUGCUCGAAGAAAUUGUUACCCCAGAAAACUUCCAAAUAUUCAAAGAUAAAUUCAUCUCGUUGCUCUCUCAUCUGCAUUCAAACGAAGCAUUGAUAGAUAUUAAUGAAAGAAUAACCAAAAUAUCAAAAAUAAAUAACGUAAGCAAUGGCGUUACGUUUGAGUGGUUUGAUGGGAUGCUUGUCAAGGCCGUUGAAAAAGGUCACUGGUUAGUUUUAGAUAACGCCAAUUUGUGUUCGCCAUCUGUUCUAGAUAGAUUGAAUUCAUUGUUAGAAACAGACGGUACCUUGCUCAUAAACGAAUGCAGCGAAGCUAACGGGGAGCCGCGUGUUAUUAAACCUCAUCCAAACUUUAGACUAUUCUUGACAGUGGAUCCAAAAUAUGGUGAGUUAUCGAGGGCAAUGAGAAAUAGAGGUGUAGAACUUUUCGUACAACAUCUAGAAACAAGGGCAACUGUCUUUGAUUCUUUGUGUUUAGGUUAUCCUAAACUCUCAACUGAUGUUACUCGUUCCAGUUUGGUAGAUAUGUUACAAGCAACCAGUUUAAAUACUAGAAAUCCUACGAAACCUACAAAAUGCUUUAUACCAUCACACCUAUCUUAUUUUGGAGGCUUCAUGAGAAUGCUCGAUAUGAUGGAACUUUAUCCAGCUUCUCUCGGGUCCGAAUCUUUGGUAACUGUCCUCCCAUUAAUACAAUUGAGAGACAUACAGCAAUGGACAAAUAAUGCUUUGUCAAACGCAGGUUUUACUCAAAAGGAUUCGUAUCUUGGUAUCAAUAAUUUGGUGAAAUUUUUGGCAGAAAUGAACAUUAUCGAAAGAAUGGAUAAGGUAUAUUCAAAGUCGCAGUCACGUACUCGCAGUUUAUUGGCAAACCAAAACUGUAGCUUAAUGGGUGAGUCAGUAUUUCCUCUUUUAAACGUAUACUUGUUACCUACUCAUUCAAAGGCAGCAAAGACGAUAGAGACAACAGAAUCCAUUUACAUGCUCACCGUUUCGAGAAUUCUCAAUAUAUUCACUGAAUUUUUAAACCAAGUAAAUAUGAAAUCAAUUCACGGUAAAAUUGACGAUCUUUCGUAUAUGGAACUUUCUGCUGCUAGCGCAAAUGGCCGUCAUAUCAAGAAUGUUCCUCGUAUUCCAAUUUUCAAUAUUAUCUGCAGACUCUGCGAUUUAAUUAUUAAGCAUAUCAAAAAUAGUCCAUUAUUUGAACAACAAGAAGUUUUUAGUCAAUUUUAUCAGCUGGUUAUCCUAAUAUCUACUAUUAUAGACGCGACAGCAAAAAAAGACGAAGCUCGUUUGAGAGUAUAUAAAGAAUUGCUAGUAAACUGGGUCGCCCUUGCAAGUGAUGCAGGAUUACUUACAACUGAAUUCUCUGUUGUUGCUGAAGAAUUUGAUAACACUAUGCAUCUAAAUCAAGGCCAAUCCAUAACCAUUCUUUGGGAUACGUUCAGGAAGAAGUAUCCUUAUAAUGAGGAAUGCUGGUCUUUAUUAGAUGAUCUCGUUUCACUAUGCAACCGUUUUGAUGAGGUUGAAACACUCCAGUUCUCGGAGUCAUAUGAGUCGCUUAAUAACUUGAGAACGAUUUUCGGUACUUUAUAUGAAUGUCUAUUAAACAACGAUACUUCGAAUUUCAAAAACAUAAGUCUACAAUUGGAAGAAGGAUUAGAGACAAUGGAGACAUUGUCUUCAAAAUUCUUAGUCAAGAGAAAACAUUUUUUCCGCGAUGAGUAUGAUACAUUACUAAGAUUGCUAUAUUCUACCCAUAAUGAGUUGCCAGAUCUAAAGCUAAAUAUAGUAUCUUUUACAUCACUUUCAACAUACAAGUUCCUACAAUCUUCGCUGAAUAACUGUCCAUAUCCAUCAAUCCUAGGUCUUUUGUGGACAAAUUCCGACGGUAAAUUCCAGUCUGAGGUUGAUUCAUUAACUACAUCUAAAUAUUUUGAGAAUAUAAUUACCAAAUCCAACUCUUUCGGUAAAUACCCUGGGAGCCAAAUAAAGCAGAUCCUGUCCGACGCUAAAAGCUUACUUUCUUUCACCGCUAAGUCCGCUAGUUGUAUAUUGGAAUCUCAGAUGGAUAAUUUAGCACAUGUUCUGACGUCGUGGAUUAAGAACGUCAUCACCGCACAUGUUCCGGAUGCAUUCAAAGGGACAACGCUAGCUAUUAAAGAUCUCGAUGCUAUGCCAUUGUAUUUCAAAAAUGCUUUACAACAAUACUUACUGCCAGCUAUGGAAUUAUGUGAAGCACACAGAUCGGGCCAGGAAGUAGGAAGGGCAUGGAUAUUAUUUAGUAUUGGGUUGAUAACACUGUACGUUCCAGAUAUUCCUUAUGACCCGGCUGUUCGCGAUUACGUUCUUCACGAUGUUUAUCUAAAGCAUAAAGAAUUUUCACAACAAAUAUCGUCUGGUUUAGAAGCAAUUAGGAUUACAACGAGUGGUGACGAACAAAUUCUUGCCGAAAGAUUAUUCAAUAACUCUGCCCCGGUAGAACCUCCACAGAAACCUAGAAUAUUUCGUCCAACAACCACCGUGGAUAACUUAUUUGAUGAAUGGAAAGCGUUCCUGACAUCUACUAUUUCAGCUGAUCAAGUUAAUAGUUUGAUGGACUCAAUUGGCAUGCAUGCUACAAAUCAUGAGAAUCGCCAUGAAAUGUUUCAACAAAAUACUUCAAACUUUUUACAAAGAUUAGAAAGCGGAUUCAAAUACUAUUCUGAUCUAAAUGAGAUAUUUGCUGGUUAUAUACUGAGUAUGAAGUUGGGUUUCGAUAUUUUGAAACAAAGUAGUAUUGAAUCUAAAAAAAUGAUAGAUAUCUCCACUUUAUGGCCAGUUGAUCCUUUAGUGAUCGCAAAUACGAAUAGGGUCAAUGCUGCAUUUACAGCAUUGGGUGGAUUAAUCAGAAGAAGUACUACUAAUAUGCUCGCAACUGAAAAGAUCUUGAUUUUCUUCUUACAGUUGUUCAAGUUCCAUGAAAGUGAUGUCGAUAUGUUACCAACUUUGAAUAGUACGUUACAUACGUUAUAUUAUAGAUGGUCGUUAAGAAGGUUAAGGGAGGAGCAAAAUGCUGAACAAAAAGCAAGCUUAUUUAAAUAUGAAGACACUUCUGAAGAUUUUGAGGCAGACUUUAAAAAAAUGUUUCCUGAUUAUGAAGAUACUUUAACUUUAGGAGGAGACGAUAAAGCAACAGCUGUCGAACAACUACAUGAGGUUUAUUAUGCUAUCGCUGAAAAUUAUAUGGGUAUAUUCGGGUCUAAACAAAACGAAAGCAUGAAAACUAUGAUAGACAACGGGUCAGACAUAGUUGAUUUAUUACUUUCCGAAACAAGAAAUAUGAAAUCGCAUAAUCUUGAAGGUGCUCAUUUAACCGCUGUUAUUAGUAGGCUAUCAAAUGCGAUCGACUCCUUCAAAUCGGCAACUAUUCCUAGCGAUGUUGAUUUUUACCGUGAUUCUUCUAUUUCUGAAUCUCAAAAGGCAAUUGACAUCAUUGAUAAUUUAUGGAAAUAUACCCAUGAGUUAUUGAAACAAUGGCCUGAACAUGCUACAUUGAACGAACUAUUUAGAAUUUGUGGGGAAUUUUUAGAUUUCCCUAUCCAGAUGGCAUUAGCAAGACAGUUACAAAAAAUCGAACAAAUUUAUACAUUUAUGGCUGAGUGGGAAAAAUACGCAUCGUCCCAAGUUUCAUUGGCCUCCCAUAUUAAAAAGAUUACAGAUCUUAUUGUAUCUUGGAGGAAACUCGAAUUGCAUACAUGGAACAGUCUUUUCAAUACAGAAGAUGAGAAGGCAAUAAAAUCAAUUGGUAAAUGGUGGUUCUAUCUAUUCGAAACAAUUAUUGUUACAAAUUUCUCAAAAGAUACCAACUUGCUAGAUGAACGUAAUACUGAUACUCAAUUAUUAGAAUCACUAAAUGUUUUCUUCAGCAAAAGCACUCUUGGUGAGUUCGAGACUCGUUUGAAGCUAGUUGAAUCCUUCAUUAAACAUAUCGAGUUAAUGGGGCAAGCUUCUUCUCAUGUUUCAUCAGCUUUAAGUAAUGUGAUUACUUUUUACAGACAAUUUUUACCGACUAUUCAAGAACAGAUCUCUCGCUCCAGAAAGACAUUAGAGAAAGAUAUUUCUGAGGUCAUAUUGCUAGCUAGUUGGAAAGAUGUGAACGUUGACGCUUUGAAACAAAGUUCCCGUCGUUCACACAAUAGUCUUUACAAAUAUGUUCGUAAAUACCGUGACUUAAUAUCUGGAAGUGUUUUAUCAUUAAUUGAAAACGGAUUACCAUAUGUUGCUAAUCCAGUAGUAAAACUGAACAAGAUACGUGAUGUUUCUUAUAAAGCUCUGGAUUUGGAGGUUGCAAUAGUUGAAGUGAAAAAAGUAAAUGAUUGGUCUUCUAGACCUGCAGUUCUUCAAAACAUCAAUAUGGUUAAUAAAAAUAUGAAUUCCUAUUCCAACAAGAUCUCUGAACAGGCUUUCCCAAAUUUUGUAGAAUUAGCUGUUGAUUUCAAUAAAGAAGCAGACAGGUUACGUCAAGAAACUCCUAGUGUAUUUACUAAAGAUAACAAGAAGAAGAUAGCUGCCUUGAAAGCUCAGAAGGGUAAACUCCUCAGUGAUGCAUUGAAGGAAUUAAGAAGAAUCGGUUUGAAGUCAGGUUUGAGAAAAGAUAUUCAUGCGGUGCAAGGAACUUCCACUGCUAUUUUGGCAAAUUCUUGUUCCUUCUCAUCUACAGAGCUGGAAGGUUCCGACACUUGUUAUUAUAGGGUCUUAGAUAUUUUACCACGUUUAAGAGGUGCUGUUGGAAAUCCUGCUGAUGAUAUUCCGUUUGUUACUCUUGAGAAAGGGAUGGCUAUAUCUGAGAAUUUGGUAUUUUCAUUAAUUACAAUCAGGAAACCUAUGGCUACAUUGGCAUUGAGGUUCAAGAAAGUUACUGAAUUGAGAAGGGAUUUAGAAGAUGCAUGUUCUACGGUGGCCGAAAUUAGACACCGAUCAUUAGAAACUGAUAUCCAUCAAAUGUUAUAUAUGUGUACCUGGUUACCACGACUAAUUGACUAUGUCGUGUCAACAAUGGAGAUUAUUAGUGGAACAGCAUCAUGUGAGAACAAUUCCACCUUUUUGUUGAAUUUCAAAGAAAAGUUAGGUUCAUUAAAGUCAAAACUAGAAUCAGUAAGAAUCAUCGAUUCUUCAACUUCUAAGGUAGUUGCUGCGUUUACAACCCUUAAUGCUCAAUUCAUAUCUGAAUUGGAAGCCCAUAAGACGUCCACAACCUUCUAUGUUUACGAUGUAAUCAUAUCAUGGAUUAACCAACAAUCCUCAACCCAUAUCAAGAAUGAGGAACUGAAUGAGACAAAAAUUUCAGAAGUUGAUCAAACUUUCCGUAAAAUCUUUACGUCUAUCAUUUUAGUUUUCCAGAAAUUAAUGGAGAAUGGUGUGACAUCAGUCACAGAAGAGAUGGAUAAUUGGUUAUCCUUAACAGCUACCAAAAUUAUGUUCAACGUGAAAACUAUUUCAUCAAAUAAUGUAAUUAGAAACAUAGAGAAGGCUGUCUCUUUAUUAAAGACUUCAGAUUUUACAGCUGAAAAUUCAAGUCUUGUUAGAGCCAUUGUUACAUUUACUAUGCCUGUGAUAAAUCAUUACUAUACUACUAUGCAAACCAUUCUAGACAAGUCAAGAAAUUAUUAUUCACAAACCAGUCAUGGUACUUAUAUUUUAACCACCAUUUUAUAUAAUUUGGCUAAGAAUGGGUUUUGUUCACCAGAACCACCAUCUGAAGAAGUUGACGAUAAGAAUUUACAUGAAGGUACUGGGUUGGGUGAUGGUGAAGGUGCUCAAAACAAUACUAAGGAUAUUGAACAGGACGAGGAUUUGACAGAAGAUGCUCAAACUGAAAAUAAAGAUCAAGAAAAUAAAGAUGAUAAUGAUGAUAAUGGUCAGUCGGAUGAAGAUGAAGCUGUUGAAAUGGAAGGUGAUAUGGCCGGUGAUUUGGAAAAUAUAUCAGAUCAAGAAGAAAAAGAUGAAGAUAUCGACAGUGAAGAAGAAGAUAAUGAAUUGGAUGAAGAGAUUGAUGAUAUUAACGAGGAUGAUCCAAAUGCCAUUGAUGACAAGAUGUGGGAUGAAGAACCUGAAGAGGACUCCAAGGAAAAGAAUACAGAUCAAAAUAUGAAUAACAAAUCUGAGGAUCAAGAUAUUCAAGCAGCCGAUGAAGAAAAUAAUGAAGGCGACAAUGCUGACAACGGAGAAAAUGAAGGUUCUCAAGAUGACGAUAACAAACCUGAAGCUGAACAAGAUGAAGAUAAGACCUCGAAUGAGAAUGAUAAUGAUGAAGCUGAAGAGGAUGAAGAUGCAGAAAAUGAAGAGGAUGUUGGUGAACAAGAAGAUGAGGUUAAAAAUGAAGAAGGCCAAGAAUUAGAUGCCCAUGUGCCUGAAGUUGAAACUAUGGAUCUUCCUGAAGAUAUGAACUUGGACUCCGGUGAUGAAGAUCAGGAUGAAGGUGGUGACGGAGGGGAAGAAGAAAAAGAAGAAGAAGAAUUUGGUGAUAAUCUUGAUAACGAUGAAAAUGAAGAGGACGAAAAUAUUAAUAGCAUCGAAGAAAAUGAAAAAGCAAAUGAUGAAGAUGCUUUAGACGUUGAGGAGAAUGAAGAAUCACAAGAUGGAAUGCCAGAUGAAGACGAUGCUGCUAUGGAUGUAGAUGAAGCCAACGAAGAAGAACAACAACAAGAGAAUACUGAAAAUCCAGAGAAUGUGGAUGAAAAUAUGUCGGAGGAUGAACAAUUAGCUGAAGACCAAAAGCAAGAAAGUAAGGAACAAGGUGGUGAGGAGAACGCUGAUGGUUUAGAUGGUGUUGAUGACAUGCUUGAUGAGGAAGAUAUCGAUGCAGAAGCUGCUGUUCAACAAAAUUCUGGGUCUAAAGGUGUUGGUUCAGACGCGAAGGAUGAUGAUGAACAAGAAGAUAUUGGUAAUUCAGGUGCUACCCAAAUUGCUCAUCAAGAGGAACAGCAAAAUGAAAAUGAGGUGAAUGAACCUUCCAGAGAGGAAGCUAAAGAAGCAUUGAAACAAUUGGGUGAUAGUUUGAGACAAUAUCAUAAACGUCAUCAAGAAAUCAAGGAAGCUUCUAAUGAUGAAAAUCAAGAAGAUGUGGAAAAUGUUAAUCAACGUCCUGAUGAAUUUGAACACGUUGAGGGUACCAAUACUGAGAAUGAUACACAAGCCCUUGGUGCUGCGGCUCAAGAUCAACUACAAUCCAUUGAUCAAGACAAUGCUAUAGAAGAUGAUUUAUCUGAAAAAGAGGAUGAAGAUAUAGAAAUGAAAGAUGAAGUAGUAGACGAAUCGAAUGAACCAGUUGAACAACAAGAAGAAAAUAAUGAACAAGCUGAUAGUGAUGAAAAGAAUGGCGGUGUCUUCACCGCUGGACAAGAAGAUAAGUUUGAUGUAGACGCCCUAAAUACUGAUCCCUUGUUACAACGUAGGGAUGAGGAAGAUGAAUUAGAUGAGUUAAUGGAUGAAAUUGACAAUGAAACUCACGAGGAAGCUAUAACAGAAUUACCACCACGUUCAAUUGAAGAAUCCCGUGAAUUAUGGCAUAAGAGUGAACUUGCUACUGCCGAUUUAGUCUCACGUUUAGGUGAACAGUUAAGAUUAAUUUUAGAACCUACGUUAGCUACCAAAUUAAAAGGUGAUUACAAGACAGGUAAAAGAUUAAAUAUGAAGAGAAUUAUUCCAUACAUUGCUUCUCAAUUCCGUAAAGAUAAGAUUUGGCUAAGAAGAACGAAACCAAGUAAACGUGAGUAUCAAAUCAUGAUCGCAAUUGAUGAUUCUAAAUCCAUGAGUGAAUCUAAAUGUGUCAAACUAGCUUUUGAUAGUUUAUGUUUAGUGUCUAAGACAUUAACUCAAUUAGAAUCUGGUGGAUUAUCUAUUGUUAAAUUUGGGCAACAUACUAGAGAAGUUCAUCCAUUCCAACAACAAUUCAGUAAUGAAGCUGGUGCGAAGGCGUUCCAAUGGUUUAAUUUCCAAGAUACAAAGACUGACGUGAAAAGGUUAGUUGCUGAAUCUAUUAAGAUCUUCGAGCGAGCCCGUGCAUUCAAUAAUUCCGAUCAAUGGCAAUUGGAAAUUGUUAUCUCCGAUGGUAUCUGUGAAGAUCACGAAACUGUACAGAGACUAGUUCGUCGUGCAAGAGAAAAUAAAAUCAUGCUGGUGUUUGUUAUCAUUGAUGGUAUUAAUAAUUCCAAUGAAUCCAUUAUGGAUAUGAGUCAAGUUAAUUACAUUCCAGAUGAAUUUGGUAACAUGAAAUUGCAAAUUAAUAAGUACCUGGACAGUUUCCCAUUUGAAUUCUAUGUCAUCUUGCAUGAUAUUAGUGAAUUGCCAGAAAUGUUGUCCUUAAUUUUACGUCAAUACUUUUCAGAUUUGGCAUCGGGUUGA